AUUUCGUAGCAGAAAAUUAUCAAGCCUCUGAUUGUAAAACCUAAAAUCAUUAUUCUAAAAUGUCAAAAUUGUCUUACUCUGCUGCUCCCCAAUCAUAGAGCUCAACGAUAUAUCCUUUGGUACGACAAGUUUUACCUGCAAGCCUACAUACCUACGCACAUUAACUUUGGCAACUAUAUGAUGGGCGUCCUGAGCGGAGUCAUCUUUACGGAGCUUCAGAAACGUUCGAUAAAUCUCGCCAAAAGUAAAACGUUUCGUACCGUGUGGUACGUAACGCUUUGUAGCCUUCCACUUUCGAUGCUACCGUCGUACAUGUUCUACGUGAAUGACUUCGAAACUCCAUCCGUAUGGAUGGCGAUUUCUUUUGUCAUCUCGAAGAACCUUUUUGGCAUCGGAAUUGGAAUCAUUCUUCUAGGCUCGAUCUACGGUGUUAACGGUGUACUUCAGCGAAUGUUGAACUAUCCGUUUUUCGAACCGUUGGGCCGCUUGACGUAUGGUGCCUACCUGAUUCAUCCAUUCGUGAUGCGCUACAUGUUUGUCAGCACGCGUGGACCGGUUUAUUAUAGCGAUACACUCACGCUUUCCUUAGUGUUUGGGGCGACGGUGAUCUCCUAUUUGAUGUCAUUGUUUCUUUGUUUACUGCUAGAGCUACCAAGAUCCGCAUUGCAGAAUCAAGUGUUUGGAAGUCUUAAAGGUAGGAACGAUUAAAAUUUAAAAAAAAAACAAUAACUCAUUUUCGUAAUACCAUAAAACGUCUCUUCUUACAGAACCAAAACCGAACCGCAUUGAUGAGGAAAGUACAACCAAUCAAUCCUAAACAUCUACGUCCGCAUUAGAAGAAAAGAAAAGACAACUGCAAGUGUAUUAGGGCUGUUUGAAGAAUAAAAAUAAUUCCUUUUAGUUUUUAAGCGAUGUUUUCUUCGGUGAACAAUAAGAAUUUCCUUAGAACUCAAAACCUAGAAAAGAUAACGAAUACUUUGGAUUUAAGACGUGUUUUUUUAUAAAUAAGAUUGCCUUCGAACAGUUACUACUGCCAAAUAUAGUCAUCAUGGAACCAAAUGUGAAAUGUGGUCCAAUAUUUGGCGUAUGAGAGAAAUAAAUUUUACGCUCUAGUCAAUAGAAAGAUCCUAGAGAAAAGCUACAUGAAUGGAAAGUAGAAAAUAAUCCUGGAUGCGAUUUUUGUGGAAAAACAGUAACCCCAAAGCACAAAGUAAAAGAAUGUCAUAGAGUAGAGUAGAUAUAGAAUGAUGAGGAAAAUUAUGAACGAAAAUAAUCUUCAAUGCUCCUUCUUGGAUGAAUUUUUGAGACCAAGAUUAAAAUUUUUGAGACAUGAGUCUCGAUACCCUCAGUUUAUAGUUAGUCGAAAUAUGUGUGAAAAUUUCUAGAUAUGUGAAAUUAAUCGAAUAUGUGAAUAAAAAAAAGGAAGUUUGAGGAAAAUAAUCAACUGUCCUUACGCCGCGACUUCAAAUCGACGCUGUCCACAAACCACAGCAACGCAACAGCAGACAACAUACCAUGCCAAAUUGAAUAGGUGAUAUAUUUGUUUUUUCCUUGAUAACAUUACAUGGUAGAUAAAUUCAAUGGCAUUUUAACAAUGAUGGGCAAGCAAAACAUGGGGUCUAUUUUUCUAGAUAUACAGGGGGCAUUUGAUUCAGAUUCUCCACACAAACUGAGUCAAAAAUUGCAAACUGGGGGCUAGGGACAAAAUUGAAUAACUUCUUGUUCAAUUUUUUGUCGGAAAAAGCUAUGAGUUUUAACAAUGGUCACGAACAAUUGAAA